CCGUUAUAGUCCUGUUUACUGCUGCAGUCAGCCGACAAACCACAACCACCAACAUGCGGAGAAACGGCACUUUACCAUAACACGGACUGUAUAAUGAACUUUUACCGGCUGGCUCUUCUACUGGGAGCAUCAGUGUGCGUGUGCGAUGGUGUGCACGUCACCGUGCGGGAGAAGCAGCGGUUUGCGAUGCUCUUCCAGUCCGUGGUCCUCCCGUGUCAGUACCAAACAGCCUCCACUCAGACCCCGGUGGUGCAGUGGUGGUACAAGUCCUACUGUCGAGACCGCACACGGGAGUCCUUCACCAUCCCCCAGGGCCUGGGCGUCCAGGCCUCCGAGCUUGGCACCACGUCCCACCUGGAGUGCUCCGACAGCAGCCGCACAGUCCGGGUUGUGGCCUCGGCGCAGGGAGCCUCCAUGACGCUGGCUGAGCACUACAAAGGCAGAGACAUCGCCAUCGUCAACAGAGCAGACCUGCGUAUUGGGAAGCUGCAGUGGGGCGACAGUGGAGUGUACUUCUGUAAAAUCGUCAUUGCUGAUGAUCUGGAGGGGAAGAAUGAGGCCCAGCUGGAGUUACUGGUGCUCGGCAGGACAGGUCGGCAGGACGAUCUCCUACCUGAGUUUGAUGUGGAGAUUAUGCCAGAGUGGGCGUUUGUGGCAUCUGUAGUCCUGGGCAGCAUCUUGUUCCUCUUAUUGAUGGGGAUCUGCUGGUGCCAGUGUUGUCCUCACUCCUGCUGCUGCUACGUCCGCUGCUGUUGCUGUCCUGAAACCUGCUGCUGUCCACGACACUUAUACGAGGCAGGGAAGAUGGCAAAGAGUGGACCGCCUGCUCCGGUUCCUGUGUACCCCUACUACAUUCCUGGUGUUCCUACUAUGGUUCCUCUGGCCCCUUCAUCCCAUGUGGAGACAAAGAUCGCCUCCAUCCCUUCAGUGGAGAACAACCUGGCUGGAGCGCGCACUGGUUAUCGACUGAAAGCCAGUCCAGACCAGGACUCAAUGAAAGUUCUGUACUACAUAGAGAAGGAGCUGGGUCAGUUUCCCUCUGCCAAGAUGGCUGCACUCAAAACCAGUAGCCUUUCAGAGCUCAGCUCUCUUCACGAUGGAGGGACUACAGACUUCAGACACACCUAUCAGACGGUGCAGAUGAGGGCGCUCCCGCCCAUCGCGGACCUCGACGACCAGUCAGUGCAGAGAGCAGCUCCACCUGCACACAGUCGAAGGCCCAGACGGGACAGAGGGAACCACUCAGACGACGAGCUCGACAGAAGGUGGAACAUCAGCUCAGAGCACCUACAGAGGAAGACGUUGAGCAGAAGAGGGCGCACCGGCUCCCUGGACGAGCUGGAGGAUUUCGCCCAGUCUUACAACCCCCGAGUUCGUCGCAACGGGCCUCCAGACCGGGUCUACGAGCGGGAUCACAGCCCUCCCAGGCGUUUCUACAGAGAUGAAGAUGAUGGCUGGGGCCGCCGCAGCCCCUCGCCUUUACCACAAAAGAGAAGGGACACGUGGGACAGUGAUCGCCCCUGUCGACCGCCCCAGAGCAAAGGAUACGACGACGCCUUCCUCAGCAGUGUGCUGGACAGCAAGGCGAGGGGGCGGGGAGGAGACAGGGGUGCUUGUAGACUGGACGAGGACAGUGACACUCCCUCUAAAGGCAGCUCCAGAGGAAAGGCCAGUGAUAGCUACUACAGCCGGUCGCCUAGCAACCGUCCAGAAGAGGAGGACCCUUUGCCUCCGUACUCUGAGUGGGAGGCGGAGCGGUACCGCAGAGCUGACCAGACCACAGAGCGGUACCGCACUGUAGAGCCUCCCAGAUCAGAGCGAUACAGGACCACUGAACCAGCCAUGAGGCCUUUCUGUUACACCCGCCCCCCCCAGGGGAUGAACCAUACACUUCAACAGGGGGGCCGAGAGGACAGGGACCGGAGUCGAAACCUGAGCACCGCACUGAGCAGGGACUCUCUCAUAGUGUGACGGGGUUUCCCAUCUUCGACCCCACACAGCACUGCCAGACCGUUCCCUUAAACCGUCCUGUUGCUACGCAGGAGAAUCAAACUGUUCUGCCAUCAGCCGCAUGAAGUCUGGCUCGUCUCACUGAAAAUAACUGCACCGGAAAAAAACGGAGAAAUGAAUGUGCACUAGUACAGGACGUUUUUUACUCAUGUGCAUGAAUUAUAUUUGAGUAUUUCUGCAUGUGUAGUUUACAGAUGUUAUGUAUGUGGUGUGUGCAUCCGUUUUAUUUGUUGAGUUGAUUGUCUGGGUUUACUGAAACCAGUGCCAAGAUGUUUUUUUAUUAUUAUUAUUAUUAUUAUUAUUAUUAUCUGCCAAUUUUUUUUACCUGCAGGACGCCACAGUCUUGUAUUUUCACUACAGACUUCAUACUCAGUACACUGCAACUCAGGUUCACUUUGUAUUUGUGUGUUUGUCUGUUGUUGAUAUCGUACUGUAUAUGUGUACCUUGAAUUUGUUCUGCAGAUCUUUAUUUGCACUGCUUAAAAUACUUUUUCAAUAAAGAAAACGCAAAGAAGA